AUGCCUCCUAAGUGGGGUUCCGCCGGGGCAGCAGCGGCGAACACGAGCUUGGUGCUGCUGCUGUACAUCACGCCUAGCGCACCGGGCAGCAGCAUCUUCGUGCAGCCCGCCGCCCCCCAAGUUCCCCUUCCUGCAGAGGAAGGCCGCGGCAAACACGAGCUUGGUGCUGCUGCUGUACAUCACGCCCAGCGCACCGGGCAGCAGCAUCGUCGUGCAUGUGAACCUGUUCCCCUUCCUGCAGAGGAAGGCCGCGGCGAACACGAGCUUGGUGCUGCUGCUGUACAUCACGCCCAGCGCGCCGGGCAGCAGCAUCGUCGUGCAGGUGAACCUGGUCAGGCCCGGCGACGGCAAGAAGCUGCCCUCCAUGCGCGCUGGCUGCGGCACAUCGGCCUGCACCAGAUAUACGAUGGCGAUUCCUACUUCCUGCACUGCCAGGAGCGAGUGCUGCAGGAGAGGGAGCAGCAGAUGGAGGAGGCGCGGGCGAGCAAGGGCGGGGCACAGCAGGGGGGAGGUGCGGCGGAGGGUGGGCGAAGUGAAGCGGGGGGCGCAGGGGUUGUGAGGGGGAGCGCGUGGAGGGCGUUUUACAUGCCCACCAACGCUGACCUCCCUGUGGUUGCCUUCCGGCAAUGGCUCUCCAAAUAUGCAGGUGUGUCCCGAACACGAGUGGUUGCUUCAUGA